CCGAGCUUCUCUGUCUUCAUAUUUACAUCAUUCAACUUGAUAUUUCUUCCAGUUCCAAUAAAACAUGAUUUAAUCAUAUCAAUCAAACCUCCACUGGGGAUCUCCUUCGAUACAAGCUGUCUCAAGAAGCAAUCGUCACCGAGAAACUACAUAAUAUUGUAACACCUAAGAGUCUUAUCCUUUUUAACACAUACUGUUACUAUUACACAUUUUGUGAUCUUUAUUAUUGUAAACUCUUCAGUAUUGAUUUUUUAUAAGAAUUGAAUUUGUGUCCAAAUCAUUGAUAAUUCACCAAGACCAAUCAUGGAGAGUAAAAUGUCAUCAAUUCGUUCUCUUGAAAUGAAAACAUAUGAUUUAGAUCAAUUACCAUUGGACGAGUUAUCAUCAACAUUGCAAGAUCAUCUUUCAAAAUUUUAUGGUCAUGUUGAAGUAUCGGUUGUUGAUUGUCCUGAUCUAUCCAAGGAACCGUUCAAUCUAGCUGGUUCUGGUCUUGGAGGGAAAACGGCUUUAGCUGAUAUUGGUGGGGUUCCUUACUUGAUGCCAGUUCCAUACCAUCCAGCACCAAUCUAUUCAUUUGUUAAUUUGGGUAAAAGAAUGGGUUUCCAAGAUGCUCAUCUUAUGGGUGCUGCUUGUGUCCCUUUUCAAAUUACCGGAUCAAUUGCUGAAUUCAUGCCAAACAUAUCUUACUCAAUUGAUGAAACUGGUAAAACUUUAGUCAAUCAUGGCUCUUAUUAUUCAGAAAUGGUUGAUGAUAAAAAGUAUAUAAUGCGCCCAUUAGCAUCUGAUUGCACCAAUACUUUGGCAAAUGUGUUCAUCAGUGAAAACAAACCUUCGAAAGUAAUUAAGAUUGUUGCUUCUAAGCGAGUUGACAAACGAGGAGAAAGCUUGACCGUCGCUAUCCGAGAUAUUUUAAGAAUAGCUUAUCCUGAAAAGGCUAUUUCCAUGGGAGGAAUGUUUUUGGUUCGCAAGGGUAAAAUCUACAUUCACGUUAUGCCAAACGACUUCUCAAAAACUCCUUGUGAUACCGAGGAGAAGGCUAAUGAAUGGUUGAACUUUUUUGAGGCUUCGGCGCCAAUUGUUGGUCUUGUCACUCUGCAUUCAAAAGAUCCUGGUUUUAAUUUGAGAGAUGAGCACACUCAUUGUAUCGGUAAAGGAGAGGGAGGACAUUAUCAUCAUGAUACUACUCCAGAUACAAUUGAAUAUGAAGCUUACCUCAACAUUGCCCAACAAAUAGUUCGGGUUGAUCAACCUGUUGUUGGCAAUGAAAUGCUCAAAGUAAAAUCAAAGGCUGGUAACCAUUAAGUCACCGAGUAACACAUCUAUGUGUGUUAUUAUAAUUAUUAUCAAUUAUUUUUUCUAAAUCAAACAGUGACUAAACCAUCAUGAUGUUAUAAGGUUAGAGUAGAGAUAAAUUGAAAACUGUUCAAAUUGUGAAUAAAGUGUUUAAAUGUGGGAUGAUAAAUUAACGAAUUGGUUGAUUGUGUUGUUGUGAAUCAAAGUAAAAUUGAAAGCAAAUUUUACUGAAAACUGUCCGGUUAUUUGAAUAAAAUCAAUAUGAAAAUU